GGAGGCCGCGAGCUGAGAGACUCUCCUCUUCCUCUUUCUUUUCCUUCUAUCGCUUGCUUACUUCCAUCGAGCAACGAACAAUUGGUGGCGUUGUUUUUGAUCUCUGAGCUGUUGUUCUCGGUCUCCUGGUCGAACCUCACGGCCGUGUGGAGAGUAGGCGGGGGAGGAAAUGGGAGGAGACAAAGCUAGCAGCUUGGAGGAGCUCAAGAACGAGACUGUUGAUCUGGAGAAGAUUCCGAUAGAGGAAGUGUUCGAGCAGCUGAAAUGUACCAAGGAGGGACUGACGUCGCAGGAGGGCGCCGACCGGCUUCAGAUCUUUGGGCCAAACAAGCUCGAGGAGAAGAAGGAAAGCAAGUUCCUCAAGUUUCUCGGGUUCAUGUGGAAUCCCCUGUCCUGGGUCAUGGAGAUGGCCGCCAUCAUGGCCAUCGCCCUGGCUAAUGGUGGAGGGAGGGCCCCAGAUUGGCAAGACUUUCUUGGCAUCGCUAUUCUGCUGGUCAUCAACUCCACCAUCUCCUUCAUCGAAGAGAACAAUGCUGGAAAUGCUGCAGCAGCUCUCAUGGCUCGCUUGGCCCCGAAAGCGAAGGUUCUCAGAGAUGGCACCUGGGCCGAGCAGGACGCUGCAAUUCUUGUGCCCGGAGACAUCAUCAGCAUCAAACUGGGGGAUAUCAUCCCGGCCGACGCGCGCCUGCUCGAGGGAGACCCGCUGAAGAUUGACCAAUCCGCUCUCACCGGGGAAUCCCUUCCUGUCACCAAGAAUCCAGGAAGUGGGGUGUACUCCGGCUCGACAUGCAAGCAGGGCGAGAUCGAAGCUGUUGUCAUCGCUACCGGCGUGCACACCUUCUUCGGCAAGGCGGCUCACUUGGUCGACAGCACUAACCAAGUCGGGCACUUCCAAAAGGUCCUGACGGCCAUCGGAAACUUCUGCAUCUGCUCCAUCGCCACCGGCAUCGUCAUCGAGAUCAUCGUCAUGUACCCCAUCCAGCACAGGUCGUACAGGGACGGCAUAGACAAUCUACUGGUCCUGUUGAUCGGAGGAAUACCCAUCGCCAUGCCCACCGUCUUGUCAGUCACCAUGGCCAUCGGGUCUCAUAAGCUCUCCCAACAAGGCGCCAUCACCAAGAGGAUGACUGCCAUCGAGGAAAUGGCAGGCAUGGACGUCCUCUGCAGUGACAAAACCGGGACACUCACGCUGAACAAGCUCAGCGUCGAUAAGAACCUGAUCGAGGUGUUUGCUAAAGGCGUCGACAAAGAUCAUGUGGUCUUACUGGCUGCAAGAGCAUCACGGACGGAGAACCAGGACGCCAUCGAUGCCGCCAUGGUCGGAAUGCUUGCAGAUCCAAAGGAGGCAAGAGCAGGAAUCCAGGAAGUGCAUUUCCUUCCCUUCAACCCUGUCGACAAGAGAACUGCACUCACGUACGUUGAUGCCAACGGCAACUGGCAUCGUGCAAGUAAAGGUGCUCCUGAACAGAUUAUGAGCCUCUGCAACUGCAAGGAAGAUGUUCGUAAAAAGGUUCACGCAGUAAUCGACAAGUUCGCUGAACGCGGGCUUCGAUCGUUGGCCGUGGCAAGACAGGAAGUUCCUGAGAGGACAAAGGAGAGUGCUGGGACGCCGUGGCAGUUCGUUGGCUUACUGCCCCUCUUCGACCCCCCAAGACAUGACAGUGCUGAAACCAUUCGGAAGGCUCUCAACCUCGGCGUGAACGUGAAGAUGAUCACUGGAGAUCAGCUUGCGAUAGCGAAGGAGACAGGUCGAAGACUCGGUAUGGGAACAAACAUGUAUCCUUCUUCUUCACUACUUGGACAACACAAGGACGAGACACUUGCGGCACUUCCCGUGGACGAACUGAUCGAAAAGGCUGAUGGGUUUGCAGGAGUUUUCCCAGAGCAUAAAUACGAAAUCGUGAAGAAGCUGCAAGAAAGGAAGCAUAUUUGUGGAAUGACAGGAGAUGGUGUGAACGAUGCACCGGCGUUGAAGAAGGCUGACAUCGGUAUUGCUGUUUCUGAUGCCACUGAUGCAGCAAGAAGUGCUUCCGACAUUGUUCUCACUGAACCUGGUCUCAGCGUCAUCAUCAGUGCUGUUCUCACCAGCAGAGCCAUCUUCCAGAGGAUGAAGAACUACACAAUCUAUGCUGUUUCAAUUACCAUCCGUAUUGUCCUUGGGUUUAUGCUGAUUGCGCUGAUAUGGAAAUUCGACUUCUCCCCGUUCAUGGUUCUGAUCAUUGCUAUACUUAACGAUGGUACAAUCAUGACAAUCUCCAAAGAUCGCGUGAAGCCAUCUCCGAUGCCAGAUAGCUGGAAACUGAAGGAGAUCUUUGCUACUGGAAUCGUGCUCGGAACUUACUUGGCUUUGAUGACUGUCCUCUUCUUCUGGGCCAUGAAGGAGACGGACUUCUUCUCGAAUAAGUUCCACGUUCGAUCAUUGAGAGACAGCGAGCACGAGAUGAUGGCUGCUCUGUACCUGCAAGUCAGCAUCAUCAGUCAGGCUCUCAUAUUCGUCACUCGAUCGCGAGGAUGGUUCUUCCUUGACCGCCCCGGACUUCUACUGUGCUGUGCCUUUGUGAUCGCUCAGCUGAUUGCUACUGUGGUUGCUGUCUAUGCUAACUGGAGCUUUGCAAGAAUUAAAGGCUGUGGAUGGGGUUGGGCUGGAAUAAUAUGGCUCUACAGCUUAAUCUCCUUCAUCCCACUUGACUGGAUCAAGUUCGCGAUUCGCUACGUUCUUAGUGGAAAUGCCUGGACUUACCUCUUCGACAGGAAGACUGCCUUCACGACAAAGAAGGAUUACGGCAGAGAGGAAAGGGAAGCUCAAUGGGCUAUUGCGCAGAGGACGCUUCAUGGCCUCCAACCUCCUGACACUACGAGUCUGUUCAACGACAAGAGCAGCUACCGCGAGCUAUCGGAGAUCGCCGAGCAGGCCAAGAGGCGAGCUGAGAUCGCAAGGCUACGUGAGCUGCACACUCUCAAGGGUCACGUCGAGUCGGUGGUGAAGCUGAAGGGGCUUGACAUCGACACCAUGCAGCAGCACUACACAGUGUAGCCGCAGCACAAAGCCCUACAUGGUUUCUCGCGACGAAGACGAAGAGCUCUCUCUCUAUCUAUCUCUGUCUCUCUCUAAUAUAUAUGUGAUCUGCCCAUCUUUUGUUUCUCUUGCUUGUUCUGGCUUUCCUUCUCACCAGAGGACAGUGCAGUUGAUGUGAGAAGAAAGAAAUAAGCUGAUGGCGCACUUCAUUAUCUUCUCUCUAGUGUGUGAGAGAGAGAAGAGAACAUCUCUUUUAUUGUUAGCUUUUGCUGUCCGUCGAUCAUUUGCCAA